CUGGAUCUAAGGUACUGCAUCUGGAUGCGCCUAGGCAGGGCCUGGCAGGCUAGGGUAAGUCGGCACCUAAGAAACGCUAGUAGCCCCAUCUUCAGUGGCAUUGCGGUUAUACAGAACAUUCCAAACCUGUCAUCUUCUGCAACCAGUCCACCCUCUAAUUAUCCCUAACUUCCAAGGUUAAUACCAAGUAACUACUUACAGACGUCAUAUUCCCUCGACUGUGGGCCUAGUCUUCAAGUCCAUUGCCAUUUAUCUCUUCCCAGGUCCAGAAGAACUCAUACUCUCACAAUUCAUUCAACCUCCAUUGUUCAACUAGCAAAACUACCAAACUUUACGACCAUGAAGCUAUUAAUCAAAUCUAUCCUAUUCACAGCGGCCUCCUGCGCAACAUUACCGAUAAGACAAGACGCUGAUGGAUGUUGCUUCCAACUCGCCUCUGUAGGAAGGAUCAAUGAGACGGUGCUAGAGGAUCAUGUUGGUGAUUUGCUUCUAGGAGGUACCUUCCAACAAGGCGGGUUCUGUUUCGACAAGACGAAGAAGACCAUCCAAGAUGCCCUCCGACACAAUUGCUUCAUGAGAGCCCCCAAUUAUCAGUUCGAGUGUUACCAAGGUGCUAUUGGCGCUACAGGUUUCGCCAUUACCGGACCGAGAGAGGAUGGAAAUUCUUACCUCACCUACGACGAUGGCCCCGGUGUCUUCUUUGCAUGCCCCGUCGCUUCUGGCAACAAUGAACAAUCAUACGAUAUUUACUCAGACAAGACAAACAAGACUGGGUGUUUGUCUGUCUCCUUGGCGCUCGUAGGCGAGACCGCCGCCUGCUCUGCUAGCCGCUCAACUGUCCCGACCAACUCCACGACCGUACAAUCAACGCAAUUACUAAAGCGUCAAGCAUCGUCCCCAACAUGCUCUGUGUCUCCGUCAGCACCAUCUCUCGCUCCUUACAGAGUGAGACCUGGUAACUCCUCCACCCACGGAAUAUUCCAUGAUGAAUCAGUGGAAACAAUCAUUGCUCCGGGCAACAGCACAAUAUUCGACUACACCAUUCCCAAGGACUUCAUUCCCGCAGGUUCUGCCUCGGAAUCUUCGUUGUGUGCUCUCCAAUUCCGCAUGCCGGUCUGCACCUCCCUUCCUGUAGGCUACCCCUGUUACGGCUUCAGCGGGUUAGAGCAAGAGGUGCUAGCAAAUUCUGGAAUGACGUUUCGCCUCAUGUCAGAAGACGGCGGCAUCAGUGCAGCGUGGAAUAGCACACAAGUGCACCAGGUGUUUCCCGGGGACGCUACCAUCAUCGGCACCUUCGAAUGCGGCAGUCUAGCCGGCUCCUACAGUGGUGGCGCCCGCAAGAUGAGCUGGGAGGUGAGCAGUGUCCGGAAUUUUGCUCUCGAGUUCUUGCAAGCCGGCGUUGGCCGAGACGCAGAUUUCAAGGACGGAGUCGGUGUUUGGAUUGUGCCUUGCCAGUGAUGUAUCGCAAGCUAUGAAAACGACGAGGAAUAAGAAGACAAGAGAACAUAAAUGGGAUGAGAUGUUAGAGAGGCUUUCUGGAA